CUUUUUGUCCCAAACUGCAAACAAAACAUGAACGUCUAUAGUUUUCUAUUGACUCUCUUUUUAUCUUUUGAAAGUCCAGGCCAUUUCACCUGUGCAGCAGGAGGUCACCAACUUUGUUUUACCUAUGGAUGCUUUGACUCGAGUGGCAUCUUCCUCACUGUGACAUUGAAUGACGAUGAAGUGUGUUAUGCAGAUUUUAAAAAUAACAUUUUGGUUUGGGACAGCAAACUAGCAACAGCUGUUGAAUAUGAAUGGGCUUACAAAUAUGCAGAAGUGUGUCAAGUUCAAUGUAAAAAAGAUAUAUAUCGAUGGAAAGUAGACCCAGAUGUUAGAAGGACUACAGACCGACCAGAAAUUAUUAUUUACCUGAGAAAUGAGCUGUGUGAAGAUGAAGAGAACACCCUUGUGUGCUUCAUCAACAAAUUUUACCCUCCUGCGCUCAACAUCAGUUGGACCAAGAAUAAUAAAGAAGUGGCAGUGGAAGACCCCUUCUUCAAAAUUGUAUCCAACUCUGAUGGGACAUUUCAUGUCUUCUCCUAUCUGAACUUUGUUCCAAAGCAAGGAGACAUCUACAGCUGCACUGUAAAACAUGAGGCACUAGAGGAACCUGAGACCAGGACAUGGGAUGUUGAAACAGAAGAGAGGAGUAUGGGUCCAACUGUCUUCUGUAUCUCUGGUUUGAUUCUAGGGAUUCUUGGAAUUGCUGCGGGAAUUUUCUUUUUUGUGAAAUGAAAGAUGUGUUGUGACGGUCAAGAUUUUGCUGAUUAAUACAUGAAAUAAUUAAAUAUAUAUUGUUUCCUUUUAAGAUCAUUUACAUAUCACAGACUUUCAUUUUUGUCAUUCCUGGGAAACCUUUAAUUCGUUCAGGAUUAUUUUUAUUAUUUCAUCGAAGUUGUUAUGAUUGACUUCAUGUUCAAAGAGUUAUGUUCAUUUCCUUUCAUGGCUAUAAUAGAAUAAAACGUUCUCAAAUAUUUUUUUUUUUGUUUAAACUUUUUAUAUAGAGUUCAAAAGUGAAAAGAGAGCCGUUUUGUCACAGGUCAGAACAGGGGACCCAGUAUUCAAGGCAAGACAGACAGUGGGAUUACUCAAAAAGUGUUUCUUAGAACUGCAAAUCUGCAGUGGCAGCUGCUAGGGCAACUAAGGCAGCAACCUCUGCCAGAGAGAAACACAGGUUAGUGACCACGAUAAUCUGACAGGGGAAGAUUAUGAACACGUGAGUCACUAGCCUGGUUUAACAGUGCAUUCUGUGCCAAGAGAAUGUGACAGAUUCCAGCCAGUAGGCUGACAAGACAUAGCGAACACAGCCAGAGAGUUCCAGAUGUUGAAGCCUUGAAGGCUGCAGAACUGGCAGGAGGUCAGAUCCAAAUAGACAAAGGAAGGCAGGAUAAUCCACAGGGUGAAGUCAGAAGACAGAUCCAGGUACAGUCCACAAGAGGAAUUCAACAGGAGUCCGAAGACAGGCAGGCAAACAGAUCAGAGCACUGACAGGCAGCCUCCAAGGUCCGAAGGCAAAAACGGGUCAGGAUAAGGCAAAUAGAACACUAUUGGUAAUGCUAGAAAACUCUCACACCAAAGGCAUCAGCGUUAGGAUCAUGACACGUUUAAGGGAAAGUUGCCAAGACUUAUUCCAUAUAGUAAAAUUUACAGUUUUUUUAACAACUUACAUCCAGGUUAACUUUUUAUUUACGUGAAAAUUUGUUAAGAAUAUUUCAACCAGGGGUGGAUCUAGGAUUCUAGGAGAUCAAGGGCUUAGCCCUGAGGGUGAAGAUGAGAGUAGAGACUUUCUGGUAAAUCCCAUUCUAAUGUAAAAUAUGACAGAUUACUAAUUUAAAGAAAUUUCUAGAAUACUACAUGCUGUCACACAUAACAAUUCCCCCUCCAUAACAUGGGAAGAAAUUUAUUUAUCUGCAAGUCUUUAACUGUGUUUAUUCCUUACUUCCUCAACAAGAAACCCUGUGUUGUGGUAGUUUUUGUUCCUUAUUUACUAGAGUUAUGAGGGGGGAACCACAAAUUUUAGCUGACUGAAAUAAUCCGACCCCCUUCCAUAAUAAGGGAUUAAAUAAAUGUACCUGCAAGUCCUUAACUGCGUUUAUUCCUCUCUUCAUCAACAACAAAC